GAUUUUUUGACUCACGUCGAUCCAAAUUUUGGCUCUUGCUUCACAUUCAAUCAUAACCGAAGUAUGAAUUUGACAAGUCUUCGUGCAGGGCCGAUGUACGGCCUCCGAAUGCUGGUUUACGUGAACGCAUCAGAUUAUAUGCCAACAACUGAAGCGACCGGAAUUCGACUUGCUAUUCAUGAUAAAGAGGAUUAUCCAUUUCCGGAUACGUUUGGCUAUUCGGCUCCUACUGGAUACAUUUCUUCAUUCGGCCUUCGAUUAAGACGAAUGACAAGACUUCCAGCACCUUAUGGCGACUGCGUUCCGGACGGCAAAACAUCGGAUUACAUUUAUCAGAAUUACGAAUAUUCUGUUGAAGGCUGUUAUCGCUCCUGCUUCCAGCAGCUUGUUCUCAAAGAUUGUCACUGUGGCGACCCGAGAUUUCCAGUACCAGCUGGUCAUAAACACUGUCAAGCAACAGAUCCCGUUGCCAGUUAA